AAAUUGUCUUUUUGGUAUUAGAAUUUAAAGUUAUUAGUGUCUAAUUUAAUUUAUUAAAUUAACGUUCAUAGCGUUUAGUCAUAGCUAUAACAUGUUUUAUAAUUUGGGUAACCUAAAAAUAUCUUUCCCUGUUUCCUGACAGAACUUAGAGUUACUUGAUACUCACUCUAUUCAAAAUGCCUGGAUUUAUCAAAACUAGUCUUAAUAAAAGUAUCACGACUGACAAUAGUGAUACAGAAAGUACAUCUUCAAGUUGUUCCGCACAAAAAUCUACUAAGAAUGGAAUACAAUUAAAAAUUACAAAUAUGUUUGGUGCUAAGCGAAAAAGAAGUUCUGCAGAGGAUGAAGAUAGUGAGAAAAAAAAGAUCAAAUGUAAUGAUUCCGAUACCAUUGAAGAUAAUGAGAUAAAUGAUCUAAAUAAAACUACGGUUGACAAUAAUACUGCUAAAAUUGAAGUUAAAGAAGCGAAUUCUAAUGAGAUAUGUAAACACGAAGAUGACAGCAAUGAAAAAAUUAAUAACGAUAAUAGUGAUUGUAGUGAAAAUGUCAAUGAAUUAAAAAAUGCUAAAGUAAUUACUGAUAUAAACAAAAAUUGCACAACAAAACCUGCGGACACAGAAAGAUGUGAUAUUUGUGGACAAUAUUUAAACAAUUCAGAUAUCAUUUAUUAUCAAGGACAUCCUCAAAAUGCUGUUGAAGAAUUUAUUGCACUGACCAAUGAAAAGUUAUUAUUAGCCUCAGGUGAUGAUGGAGACAUAAUGGAAAGACCACAAACAAACAUAACGGGGUUCUCAAUAUUUGAUCAACAUGGACACCUUUGUCCAAUUGAUGGUGGUUUGGUUGAAAGUGAUGUUAGGAUCUACAUGUCCGGGUACUUAAAAUCUAUUUGUGCUGACUCUCAGGAAAUUGAUGAGGAUUCUAUUCCAGUUAAAGAUGUAGGUCCAAUUAUUGAGUGGUUCAUUCACGGCUUUGAUGGUGGCACCAGAAAUUGUAUAACUUUAUCUACAGAAUUUGGUGAAUAUAAUUUAUUAAAGCCAAGCGAGGCUUACACACCCCUAAUGGACAAUUUAUAUGAGAAAAUCUGGCUCAGUAAAGUUGUGGUUGAAUAUUUGGAAGAAAAUCAUUAUCUUCAACCUACGUAUGAAGACUUGGUUGGCAUUAUAUGUCAGUCAGUGAUUCCUGAACUUAAUGAUAAAAAAAUGUCAGAGGAAAUGUUGCAUAAGCAUGCACAGUUUGUAUGUGACCAGGUUGUUAGUUUGGAAACCGGAGAAGAUGAUGAGCCAUUGAUUACUUUGCCCUGCAUCAGAGAGUUAAUUAAGCUGAUGGGUAUUAAAUUUGGCAAGAGAAAAAUUCGAGCAAAGAUCGACUACAAAAAAGUUGACAAAAAGGCCUGGACCAAGGCUACUACUACCCCACUGGUUCAGAAGACCUUUGAAAGUUUCUUUUCUAAUCAGUUGGACAAAACAAACCAUGAAUUGGUGUUAAGAAGAAAGAGAUGUGGUGUUUGUGAAGCUUGCCAAUUGCCAGAUUGCGGUGAAUGUAACGCAUGUCGUGCGAUGGCCAAGUUUGGGGGUCAUGGACGUACUAAGAAAGCUUGCGUACGUCGACUUUGCCCCAACAUGGCUGUAGAACAAGCCGAGGACUCGGAGCCGGAAGAUGAAGAAGAAUAUCGUCAAAUGGUAGAACGGAAGGAACGCGAUAAAAUAGAUGACGCGGUGCCUGUCAAACUCACCGGCUCAAGUAAUAGAAAGAUAUCAUGGAUAGGAGAACCAAUUAAAGCGGACGCUACCAAAGUUUAUUAUGAGAAAGUAGAAAUUGACGGCUCAGAGCUUUGCAUAGGUGAUUUUGUGAUGGUCGAAACUUCUCAAGCCAACAUACCAGCAUUAGUUACUAGAGUGACUUAUAUGUGGAAAGAAUCUAUUAAUCUAAAGAGUGGUUAUUUUCACGGCGAAGUUUUUAUAAGAUCGUCUGAUACAGUGUUAGGUGAAGUGGGUGAUCCAAGAGAAGUAUACUUAGCUGAUCGUUGUUGUCACGGAGCGCCGCUGUCUUCGAUUUUAAGAAAAGCUAAUGUUGAGCGAAGAGAGACCGCUAAAGAUUGGUUCAAACUGGGCGGUAAAAGCGUCGAUGAUGAAUUUUUCGAUGAUGACGGAAAAACAUAUUUUUACAACAAAUACUAUGAAAGGUUUUCAGCUCGCUUCGAAGACUUGCCGGAGGAUCCGAUUUGUCCUAAUGAGUUAAGAAAACAUAGAUACUGUCCGUCUUGUGAACGAAAAACUAGGAAGGAUGCAAAAGACAUUCCUAAAGUGAUCGGAAAGCUGAUGGAAAAAUCAUCGCUUGUAACCGAAACUAACAGAACUGAAUGGACUUGUGUUAGAUGGCAAGAUUAUGAAUAUAAGAAGGGAAUGGGCGUUUUUCUUAAACCUGGCACUUUUAAACUUAAGAAUAACUUUAUUAAUGCAAAUACAAACAAUAAAACCAAAUUGGAUAAGAUGGACGAGGAUGUUUAUCCGGAGUAUUAUCGCAAGAGUGAUAGUAAUUUACGCGGUUCUAACGUCGACACGGGCGAACCAUUCUGUUUGGGUCACAUCGCUGCUGUGACAGCGGCCGGCGAGGGCCCUCUCGUCGUCCCACAAGAUAUCUAUAUCAAAGUUAAUAUUUUGUAUAGACCCGAAAACACUUCGAAUCGUUUUCCUCAACAGGAAGAUCUAAAUGUCGUGUACUGGAGCGACGAAAUCAAAGAAAUUUCCUUCUCUUCUGUAGUAGGACCGUGUCAUUUGGUGUACGAAAGGAAUGUACCGCAUCAGGAAACGCUGCAUGAAUGGCUCGAAAGAGAUCCGAGUAGAUUUUACUUCAGAAUGGCCUACAACAAGGCGACUAAAGAAAUAGAAGAUGUACCACAUCACGCCGCGGCCGUCGGUAGAACUGACAGAGGCAAAGAUAAAGGUAAAGGGAAAGGGAAAUCUUCUAAACCUGUGGAAACUAAUAUUAACAAACACGAAGAAGUCAAAAUAAGACCUCUAAGAACCCUCGACAUUUUCGCCGGGUGUGGCGGACUAUCGGAAGGUUUGCAUCGAUCGGGCGUUGCUGAAUGUAAAUGGGCCGUCGAGAACGUCGAGGCGGCCGCUCACGCUUAUUCUUUGAAUAAUAGAAAUUGUACAGUUUAUAAUGAGGAUUGCAACGCACUAUUGAAAGAUGUUAUGUCCGGAGCUACGCAUAGCAAAGGCGGCCUGAGGCUGCCCAUGCAAGGAGAGGUGGAACUUCUCUGCGGCGGCCCGCCUUGCCAAGGGUUCUCUGGCAUGAACCGAUUCAACUCCCGCGAGUAUUCCAAUUUCAAGAAUUCUCUGGUGGCCUCGUACCUUUCCUACUGCGAUUACUAUCGACCCAAGUACUUUAUUCUGGAAAAUGUAAGAAACUUUGUGGCAUUCAAGAAGGGAAUGGUUUUAAAGUUGACUCUUCGUGCGUUACUGGAUAUGGGUUACCAGUGCACGUUCGGUAUACUCCAAGCGGGCAACUACGGCGUACCUCAAACUAGGCGGAGGCUUAUAAUUUUAGCGGCGGCACCCGGUUACAAGCUACCUAUGUAUCCGGAGCCGACUCAUGUGUUUAGUAGACGAGCUUGUUCUUUAACGGCGACCAUCGAUGGCAAACGAUUCGUGACGAAUAUGAAAUGGGACGAGUCGGCACCGCGGCGUACUUGCACCAUCCGCGACGCCAUGAGCGACCUACCCACUAUAGCGAACGGCGCAAACCAAAUAGAAAUCGAGUACGGAUCGAUGCCGGAAAGUCACUUCCAACGUUUAGUCAGAAGUAAGGAUGAAAGCAAGAAACUACGAGAUCAUAUUUGCAAGAAUAUGGCUCCUCUGAUCCAGGCACGAAUUGCCAGAAUACCGACUACUCCGGGCUCGGACUGGAGAGAUCUUCCUAAUAUAUCGGUCAUGUUGUCUGAUGGAACAAAGUGCAAGGUCCUGCAAUACAGGUAUGAGGAUAAGAAGAACGGUCGUUCGUCUAGCGGUGCGCUCCGCGGCGUGUGCGCGUGCGCAAGCGGUGGCGCGUGCUCGCCGCAUGACAAGCAGGAGAACACGCUCAUACCCUGGUGUCUGCCGCACACCGCCAACCGCCACAACAACUGGGCCGGGCUCUACGGCCGGCUGUGCUGGGACGGGUACUUCAGUACGACGGUGACUGAUCCCGAGCCGAUGGGCAAACAGGGCCGCGUACUGCACCCGGAGCAGAGCCGCGUUGUAUCGGUACGGGAAUGCGCGCGCUCGCAGGGAUUCCCCGAUUCAUAUCUCUUCGCAGGCUCCGUACAAGAUAAACAUCGACAGAUUGGCAACGCCGUUCCGCCGCCGCUCGGGGCUGCUUUGGGUCGUGAAAUUAAGAAGGCUUUUAGUAUAUCAAAAGUGUAAUAAAAUGUUGUAAAUAUUAUGUUGAUUUGAUAUUUUAAUU